AUGUAUGCAGCUCCAAGGCUCCUCACCAUCCUUGCAUACUUCCUGCCUCUCCUGGCUUCCACAACUGUGUUUCUGAUCUUGAUCACGACCUUCGGUGGUGUCUCGACGCUGAACAUCGAUCCAAAUCAUCUGCAACAUGGCCAGGGGCAUGGUGCAGGGCUCCUAGAUUAUGUUGCAGGCCGUCCUGAUGAAAAUUAUUAUGCUCUGGAGGCUCAUGGUUAUUGA